AUGGCUAAGAGCCAUGGUUUUUGUAAGCAAUUUUGGAUUCAGAUUUAUCACUAUUUUGUGAGGCUAUAUCAGGCCUUCAAGAGAUUCUGGAAAGUCAAUGUUAAGGGCUCCUUUGUUCCAAAGAAGGAGGAAGAACAUAUCUCUUCAGCUGAGAGUAUUUUUCACAAAGAAAAGAUUUUGGUACUAGGUCAUAUGUUGAGGAAUACAUCUCUAGCCAUUGAGAAGAGAGCUGAAGCUGGCUACAGAAUUGGAAUAUUGGCCUUCACAGGAGGACCAACUGCUGGGAAAUUUGCCGCUGAGUACAUGAAAGAAGUACAUGAGUUGUUGCAAAAUCAUGAUAUAGUGCCAAAAAUCAAGGUCCUGCUGCUCCAAAGUGUAGCAUGCUGGUGCUAUUUAAACCCUGUCAGCCAGAGAAGAGCCCGACUCCUGCAUUUCAUUCCUCUUCUUGUUGGUUUUAUUGAAGAGAUACAUGAGUCUACUACCCAAAGUGAAAUAAACAGCCACCUUCUUGUUAAAUUUUGGACUUGCUAUGCUCUCUCUGUCAUGACAUGCAAUAACUCGCCUUGCAUGAAGGAGCUCAGAGGCUAUAGCUCUAUGAAAUAUCAAUUGCAAAUAUUGGCUAUUCAGAACUGGUCUGGAUGGCCUGAGAAUUUUGCAGAGGUGCUGUACUUCUUAGUUGGUUUUCACAGGAAUUAA